AUAAUGAAUUAAAAUGAAAAAAAUAGAUUAUAUAUAAUGAAUUAAAAUGAAAAAAAUAGAUUACAAAUAAUGAAUGAAAAUGAAAUAAAAUAGAAUAUAUAUAAUGAAUUAAAAUGAAAUAAAAUAGAAUAUAUAUAAUGAAUUAAAAUGAAAAAAAUAGAAUAUAUAUAAAGAACUAAAAUAAAAAAAAUAGAAUAUAUAUAAUAAACUAAAAUGAAAAAAAUAGAAUAUUUAUAAUAAAGCGGUUUCAAUACCCAUCUGUUGCCCAGCAACCAUUUAGCAUAACCUCGCAUCCGCCAUUAUGACGGUGAUCGUUGAUCCAAUAUGGUGAACUGUUGCAGUGUUUUCGGAUGUUCAAAUCGGUCUGACCGCGAAAAAAACCGCUCAUUUCAUCGUUUGCCAAAAAUAAUAACGCAUUUGGAUCAGCAAACGAAGGACUAUUCUACUGAACGAAGAAAUAAGUGGCUAAGUAACAUACGACGUGCAGAUCUCGAGGGAAAAAAGUUUGUUUGGGUUUGUUCUGAUCAUUUCAUAACUGGUAAACCCAUUGCUCUGUUUCAAAAGUCCCACCCAAAUUGGGCCCCCACCUUGCGUUUAGGUCAUUUAAAUGUAAAAUCAGAAACUUCUUCUCGCUGGGAAAGACGCAAGGAGCGAUCAGGAAAACGUACCGCUUCGCAAUUGGAAGGCUUAGGCCGGCCAACAGAUGUCGUAGACAACACUGAGUCCUUUACGUUUGACGAGCAAUCGACUAACAGCGAUGGAAUCAGCUCAUCUCCAAAGUCAAUUUCAAUUGGGGUUCAGACGGACUUUACGAUGCUUGAUAUUGAAAACCUGGAGCAAAACUUGUCUUUAUUGGAGAACGAUAAUAAAGGUCUAAAAGAAAAAGUAAUUUCUAUGAUACAAAUCGAUAUUAAUAGAUUGCAGCAGGAUAACGAAACGGUUUCGUUUUUAACCGGUAUUCCCAAUUAUCUCUUGCUGAUGUCAGUGUUUUCAUUCCUCGCUGACUCUAUUUCACAAACACACCGGAAUUGUUUGACAAUGUUUCAAGAGUUUUUGCUCACUAUGAUGAGACUCAGGUUAAACUUAACAUUUCAGGAUUUGGCUUAUCGUUUUAAUAUUUCGAAGUCAACGGCUUCAAGAAUUUUUGAUAAAUGGAUCGAUGUAAUGGCUAGAGAGCUUAAAUUUCUCAUAAAGUGGCCAGACAGAGAAGAGCUCCAAAAGACUAUGCCUCAUGAUGUUGUUCAAGCCUAUGGUCGUAAAGUAGUUGUUGUGAUCGACUGCUUUGAAGUAUUUAUUGAGCGUCCAGGUGAUUUAUUGGCCCGUGCAUGCACUUGGAGCAAUUAUAAACAUCAUAAUACAGUAAAGUUUUUGAUUGGUAUCUGUCCACAAGGUGUCAUUUCUUUCAUUUCGAACAUUGAAGCAUUUUAUAGUCAACAUUCCAGUCCCCAGAUAGACAAGAUAGCAGUGGUGUGCUGUGCUCUUACAAACAUUUGUGACUCUGUUGUUCCAUUUAAUUAGUUUUCUUGUUUUAUAUAUUUUCAUUUUUAAUUAGUUUCUUUACUUUUGGUUAACUUAUAUUCACAGCUGUUUUUUUAUCUACUUUUCAUAGGACCUCUCUUCAUAUGGAAAAAUGCUUUUUUCUAUUGAGACAAAAACGUUUUCCAUCCACUUUCUGAACCUUAUAGUCUAGCAAAAUCUAACUGAUUAAAACAAACUUAGCAAUCAUUGUUUUUCAAAUGACUUUUUGUUAUUGAAAUGUUGCCACAUGUUUUUGUACCUUAUAUACUAAUAUUCUCUUGGUUGUUCUCUUACUAUUUUUAUGUAGAAAACUCUUUUGUUUGCACACCAAAAAAUGUAUGUCUUUCCAUAUCAUCUUUUAGCUUUUAUCACCAACUGUCUGAUGAUUAAUUUUUAUUUUUAUAAAAAGUCACAGAAAUAUAUAAAACAGAAAAAUAUUAUCUGAUUUUUUUAUUAUCUCUUUGUUUUGUAUAGUAUUUUCCAAGUAGUUCUGGUAGGACACAGAGCUGAAAGAACUUUUUUGCUUUAUUAACAUUAACAUCAAAGAAAGACUUGUUGGGAUAGAUUGUCUCAGUAUGUGUUUCCUUUGGUGUCCAUACUACAAAUUGUGCAUACUUUGCCCCAGACAUUGCUGGUUGGCAUUGAACUUGAAAAUAAUAUUGAUGCUCAUGCUUGAGUGCAAAUGAGCGGCAUAAAGGCACUAGCAUGGAAUCGGCUUUGCAAGCAUAUUCAUUCAGUGAAAUUUCUCUGCAGCUUUAAGGACAUUUGACCUCAAAAACACCUUCCCCACAGCAUUCGCAACAUAUCAAACCAUCUGGGGAGGCUCCUAAAAAUGGCCAUUUAUUGUUUAAAAUCAAUCCUGCCUUGAAAAACUGAAAAUCUUUGUGUUCUGCUUCCAUGGCUUUUACAUAAGCAGCUACAGCAAUGUUCUCCAUUUCCAAACCCCAAGCUACAGCGUCAUUUGUAAAUAUGCACUCUGUUGGGUAACAUAUGGAUUUGAUCAGGCUCUUGCUUGGGUUGCAGACAUCAGUACUACAAGCUUGUUUGAAUCUUGAAGCAGUGAUUCUACCAGACCGGAGCCUAAACCAAAGCUUUGACUUUGACUGCUUUGCUGUCUCUUUUUGGAUUCUCUGAAGUUGUUCCUCUGACAGUACUGGCAGCACAACUUCAGCACAUUUCCUUUGAAUAACAUCAAAAGAGCACCCUGUAUUUGAAGGAGAAUACAAUUCUGGUAGAUACAGGUUGCUGAUGGCUCCAAAGGGAACAAAACCUUCAUUAAAAGGCUCGGCUAUUGACAAAAUAGCUGGUCUAGUACCAAACAAACUAAUCUUGUUAAGGAAUUCCUUUUGCUUCGUAUCUUGACCAGUACAGCAAGCAUUUUCCAUUUUCUUCUUUUUAACUGGCCCAUGACUUUCUUCCUUACUUUUACUGCCAAAAUUAAAAUCUUGCAUCUUUCUGAUUGCCCCUUUGAAAUCUAUUUCUACAACAGGUAGGUAAGGCACUUCUUUAACCGCUUUAGGCAACAGCCAUUUGCACUGUUCUUGGGUGCAUGUUGUUGCUUUUGUACGAUGAAAUUCAUCAACAUAGAAUAACAGUGACGCAACAUGUGAGCAAGCUUCUCCCAGACCAGCCAUACAUGUGCAAUGGGCUGUUUCUAUUUCUCCAUCUGCUUUCAAAGGAACCCAUGGUUUUAAUGGCGUUUUAUUUGCAUGCUGAGAAUGACGACCCUGUAAUAAUGAAACAAUGGCUUGAUUUUUUUGUAUUAAAUGUCACUAACGUAACAAAUUUGAAAUUUUAUCAAAUAAAAAGUAAAGACUUUUAUCAUAUGGUGGCAACGUGGCAUAGUCUGAGAUUACUAGUGGCAGCAAUUUUUUUCAAGGAAAACAAUGUUCAUGAUCAAAAAGUAGGCAUCAAAUAGGGACACAGGCAGAGACAAGAAAUCCCAAAAGGCAAUACAUCCCUGAAGCUAAGAUUUACUCUAACCUUAAAAAAAAACGAUCCCAGAUUGCGCUGCUGUCCAGUUAAGAUCGUUUCAACAAAACAACCUUUGCUGCAAUAAUUUUAGCAAGUUAAUUUUUCUUGCACUAAUUUCAGCAAGUUAGCUUUCGUUGCAAUAAUUUCAGAUUAAUUCACAGGAUAAGAUCUUUGACUUACCGUUCCUACCAAAACGCACUUAUCCUUGAAUAAUUUUGUUGCCGCUUCUAAAACCCUCCCACUCAAGAAGUUUUUAUAAGCUUGUAAUGACUUUUUCGCCUUUAUCUCCUUCGCCGUCAGGUAACUUGUUGAAUAGACAAGGUAAUUAACAAUGUCAGUGUAGUCUACGUUAGGCAAGUGUUUCAUGUUCUCGUCGAGAGCAGGUUUUUUCAACAAGUACGGGUCUUCUUUAAUGCACUCGAUUUUUGAUAAGUACCGAGUCUUCGCUGAUGCUCCCAUCGAUUGAACGUACGACGAAAGAGGAAUCUCGCUGCUUUGAGUGGCCAUGUUUACGUUUUCGAAAAAGCCGCCUUGCCCGUCAAGAUGGCAGCAAUAUUGGAAACGAGGCAAGAGGGCUCUAUUGCAACCGCUCUAUAAAGUAAAAUGAAAAAAAGAAUAUAUAUAAUGAACUAAAAUUAAAUAAAGUAAAAUAUAUAUAAUGAACUAAAAUGAAAAAAAAGAAUAUAUAUAAAGAACUAGAAUAUAAAAAAUAGAAUAGAUAUAAUGAACUAAAAUGAAAAAAAUAGAAUAUAUAUCAUGAACUAAAAUAAAAAUAAUAGAAUAUACAAUGAACUAAAAUAAAAAAAAUAGAAUAUAUAUAAUGAACUAUAA